AAGAGAAACCACCGUUUGAGUGCCUCCGAAGCCCUAACUCUUCUCCCCGUCUCUCCUUCUCCGAGCUUGUUCCUCCACUGCGGCGGCGGAGGAGAAGAAGGAUAAGCGAGAGAUGGCCCAGGUGGAGGAGCUAUCAAGCAGGCUGUUCAGAGUUCGGCGGACGGUGAUGCAGAUGCUCAGGGACCGCGGUUACCUCGUCGUCGAUCGCGAUCUCAACAUGACCAAGGCCGAGUUCAUCCAAAAGUUCGGCGAAUCCGUCAACCGUGACGAUCUCAUCUUCAAUAAGGCCAAGAAGAACGACCCUUCCGAUCAGAUUUAUGUGUUCUUCCCUAAUGAUGCCAAAGUUGGUGUGAAGCAUAUAAAGAAAUACGUUGAACUGAUGAAAGCAGAGAAUGUGCCAAGAGCAAUAUUGGUUGUUCAGCAGAAUCUUACUCCAUUCGCAAGAUCGUCCCUACAAGACAUAUCUCAGAAGUUUCAUUUGGAGGUUUUUCAGGAGGGGGAGCUGCUGGUCAACAUUAAGGAUCAUAGUCUUGUUCCAGAGCAUCAGGUUCUUUCCAGUGAAGAAAAGGCUACUUUGUUGCAGCGUUAUACUGUAAAGGAAACUCAGCUUCCACGAAUUCAAGUUACUGAUCCAGUUGCUAGAUAUUAUGGGAUGACGCGUGGGCAGGUAGUGAAGAUUAUCCGACCCAGUGAGACGGCCGGCAGAUAUGUUACCUAUCGGUAUGUUGUAUGAGGCACUACUUGAUCUCGUGUUGACUCGAUUCGCAUGCAGGUUGCUCUAUGUAAUGCAUCUCAUAUCUCUUGUAAGUCUGGAGUAUUUUUAUUUGUGAAACAUGGAAAAACUGGCAACAUGGCUUGUGGUAACUUCAAACACAUGUUGGCCUGCCAAGUUAGCACCCUUUUUCUUGAUAUGAUUAAUAUGAUGAAAUGAGAGCAUUUUGCUGUCUUUCUGAACCUUUGUUUUUGUCAGAAAUAUUGAUA